UGUUUCCGGGUCGCGGAGCAGAAACGUCGUGUGAACGGCGCCACCGAGCUGAAAGUUUCUCAGAAAACUCCGCAGCUUGAGAGUUCAGAACCGAUAAAACUCGACCGUUCCCGUUUGGCUUCUGCGGCGGACGCGGACAGACGAAGACUACCGACAGGAUCCAAGGUUUGGAGGAUGUCUCUUCCGAAGCGGGAGGUGGAGGAGCUGAGGCCGUGGGUGGAGCGAACCGUGAAGAAGGUUCUGGGUUUCUCCGAGCCCACCGUGGUCACUGCAGCGCUGCACUGUGUGGGGAAGGGCCUGGACAAGAGGAAGACCACAGACCAGCUGCGUCCGUUCCUCGAUGACUCCGCCGGAGGUUUCGUCGAGCGUCUCUUCGAAGCGCUGGAGGAAAGUCGCAGCGCUCGAGGAAACAAAGGAGCAGGAGAGAAGAACCGCAAGAGAGACCUGAAGGAUGUGUUCGGGGACGAGGCUGAGCCCGGCGCCUUGCGGGAACCUCCGGAGGCAGGUGGUGGGACGGCGGCGAAGCGAAAACGAGGUCCUCGCUUUGAGGAGGUGGAGGAGCCGGAGGUGAUACCUGGACCUCCGGCUGAGAGCCCCGGCAUGCUGACCAAGAUGCAGAUCAAGCAGAUGAUGGAAGCCGCCACGAGGCAGAUCGAGGAGAGGAAGAAGCAGCUGAGCUUCGCCUCGUCUGUCCCUUCUACAGGAUCGCAGCUGGACUCCCCUCCAGUGUCGCGGCUCCUCGGCAGCUCAGCUGCAGCCGCCGGCGCCUCCUCCAUCGCCCCGUCACAGGCUGCCAGCUUCAUGAACGAUGCCAUCGAGAAGGCUCGCAAGGCCGCCGAGCUGCAGGCCCGCAUCCAGUCCCAGUUGGCCAUGAAGCCCGGCAUACUGGGAGCUCUGGGGAACACUGGGCCUCACAACCUGGUGGCUCUGGCCAACCUGCACGCCAUGGGCAUCGCUCCACCGAAAGUAGAAGUGAAGGAGGUGAACAAGCCAACACCUCUGAUCCUGGACGAGAAAGGACGGACGGUGGACGCCAGCGGCAAAGAGGUGGAGCUCACGCACCGCAUGCCGACGCUGAAAGCAAACAUCCGGGCGGUGAAGAGGGAACAGUUCCGUCAGCAGCUGAAGGAGAAACCCGGAGACGACCUGGAGUCCACGUCCUACUUCGACCAGCGGGUGUCCAUCACGCCGGCUCAGCGCGCCCGAAGGAGCUUCAAGUUCCACGACCAGGGGCGCUUCGAGAAGAUCGCUCAGAGGAUUAGAACCAAGGCUCAGCUGGAACGCCUUCAGAAUGAGAUCGCUCAGGCCGCCAAGAAGACGGGAAUCCAGGCGUCGACCAAACUGGCUCUGAUCGCACCCAAGAAGGAGAUCGGAGAGGGAGAGGUUCCCAACAUUGAGUGGUGGGACUCAUACAUCCUGCCCUCCAACGUAGACAUAAACUCCGACACGAAGUUCGAACUGCUGGAGUUGUUUGGUGUCACCAACCUGGUAGAACAUCCGGCUCAGAUCAGUCCUCCAGUCGACACAGACAAGCCGGUAACGCUGGGCGUCUAUCUGACCAAGAAAGAACAGAAGAAACUGAGAAGACAAACACGACGGGAGGGUCAGAAAGAAGUUCAGGAGAAGGUCCGUCUUGGACUGAUGCCACCACCAGAACCCAAAGUUCGAAUCUCCAACCUGAUGAGGGUUUUGGGGACGGAGGCGGUUCAGGAUCCCACCAAAGUGGAGGCCCACGUCAGAGCACAGAUGGCCAAGAGGCAGAAGGCUCAUGAGGAGGCGAAUGCAGCUCGGAAACUCACGGCGGAGCAGAGGAAAGAGAAGAAGGUGAAGAAGUUAAGAGAAGACCUCACAGAUGGUGUCUACAUCUCAGUGUACAGGAUCCGGAACCUGCAGAAUCCUGCCAAGAAGUUCAAAGUGGAGGCCAACGCCAACCAGCUGUACCUGACGGGAACCGUGGUUCUGCACAAAGACGUGAACCUGGUGGUGGUGGAGGGAGGCCCAAAAUCCCAGAAGAAGUUCAAGAGGCUGAUGCUGCACAGAAUCAAGUGGGAGGAACACAACAGUAAAAGAGACGAUCCAGACGGAGACGACGACACCAAGAGGAACAACAAGUGCUGGUUGAUCUGGGAGGGAACGGCUAAGGAGCGGAGCUUCGGGGAGAUGAAGUUCAAGCAGUGUCCGACGGAGAGCAUGGCCCGGGAGCACUUCAAGAAGCACGGCACAGAACACUACUGGGACCUGGCGCUGAGUCAGAGCGUGCUGGACACCACGGACGACUGAGGCUCCACCAGAACUCCCUCCUUCGGCCCCUUCCUUCCCUCCAGACCCAGAGCAGCCGGCCGGGCCUCGCUGCCCCGGCCCGGCCCGGCCCGCUGGGCUCCAGCCAACAGACUUGAACAUAGAAGCGGAGGACGGACGACGCUGUGUGGAUGCUUGUGGCGGAUCAGGGUGUGUGUGGGUGUUCUAGGCUCCUGUCAGAUCCUUUCUAUGUGUGGUUGAUACAGUCUGACGGACUCACCGGGACAAACGCUGUCCAUUAUGUUCCGACUGAAGCUUCGUGUCUCGCUGACGAUGAUCCAAACCGUUACCAGAAACAGCCAUCAGUGGGAGAAGAACCUGAAGGACACCAGGGGAGGAUGUUACAGGAUUCAUUUUAGUUUUGGAGAAGCGAGCAGAUGUUUUAGUGAGCUGUAGCUGUUCCUCUGUAACAUCACAGCCUUAAAUAAACUCCAUCUAACCGGC